CGGAACGUGGGAAUGACAGGUGAAGAAUCGGCAGCGUAUUCGCGAUGGACGAGUUGGGAGACUGCGGCAGUCCUGCCGAAUUGAGGGGAUUAUAGGCUGUCUCGGUACAGAUUGCACGGUUUAAACCUAGUUCAACUAUGCUAGACAUCCGUGCAAAUUACAAGCUUGCGACGUGUCUUUAAUAGCAAUUCGGGGACAUUGUUGCUAUAUAUAUGAUUUGCGCACUAUCCGUUUUUAAUGUCCUCUGCAAGUGGAAGGAAAGAACUUAAACAGGUUCGUCCGCUUCUUCUGGUGGUUUCAUCUUGCAAUUGCCAGUCCCCGGAGGUUGCCAGGGAUGCUGGAAUCAAUCCGAGUAACCGAAAAGCUUCGUUGGCCAGAGUUGGAGCUAGCCAAAAAAUCAGUUUUAUUGAAUCCCACUGAAAGAAAUGACACGGGCCAAGCAGAUCUCCAGCAAGUCUCUGUCGGCAUUUUGAAGGAAAUAUUCACGGGAAGCAAUGGUUACAAUGUCUUGUUGUCGUCAAAGGGAGAAAAGAAACGUUUAUCCUCCAACCAUCACAAAAAGCACCGAAAAUCUGCCAAGCCAUCAGCUGUGAUGCGAUACAAGGAACGCCGGACCCCCAGUUCCUCUGUGCCACUGGUUGACAAGGAAUGGUGUCUUGGAAGUGGGCAUACUGCAUUGCUCAUGGGCAGUUUAGUUGCUAGCGGUUCAAAAUUUCCACUCGGUAUAUCUGUGGUAGGAAGUGGAAUUGGUCUGUCCCAAAGGCCGAAAGGUAAGAUAAGAAGGCUUUAUUUUUCAAGCCUGCAGAGGUCCAGUUUGCCUGUUGGACAAGGGAAAGACAGUGAAGGCACCACUCGUAGACUCUGCAUCCUGACUGCCGUUAAACCAUCAAAUGUGGAGAAGGAGAAAGUCAAGUUCUUCAAGUCUGAGUUUACCUACAAUCCACAGUUUGAAUAUGCUAAUCCUGCUUUGCCCAAUGUGUUAGCAAGACACAGUAUCGCUUCAGAGAAGUUUCUUCUGCAGGCAAUUAAGAUAAUGAAAAUAGCUCUGCAGAAAUAUGGCAGCUAUGAGAAGUUUGAACAAGCGACAGGAGGAAGUCUGCUCACCAAGAGCCGCAUCUGGUUUUACGUGAAGAAGUACAUGGAGAGGGAGGACUGCCUUGGUGAUAUUGCAGUCCACUUAACAGAUGAUCUACUUUCCCGUGCCUCUAUGACAAUAGUGAACGGACGUCCGACUCUGACCAUCAAUGUUUCUACUGCUCGAGAGCACUGGCUAGAGGGAAUGUUGAGACAUGAGAUAGGUACCCAUUACCUUCGAGGUUUAAACAACAAUCUACAGCCCUGGUGUAACUGGAAUGGUCGUAAAAAAUAUGGGCUUAAACCAAUCAACCCAACUGAAGAGGGACUGGCCAGUAUUCACAGUGUGCUGUUCCACAAGGACCCUUUCCUCUGGAGAGCAGCUCUGCUCUACUACACAGUCUACCAGGCCAGUCACAUGUCCUUUAGGGAGCUCUUCCUGGACAUUGGGAAAUUUGUGGAAAACCCAAACACUCGGUGGGAUUAUUGUGUGCGAGCCAAACGUGGUCAGACUGACACAUCACAACCAGGCUGUUUUAGCAAAGACCAAGUCUAUCUGGAUGGCAUCCUUAAAAUUCUGAGACACAGAGAUAACAUCGACUUCCAGCUUUUAACAGCACUGGGAAAGGUGUCUUAUGAAGAUGUAGACCGGCUAAAGGUUAUUGCCAUAUUGCAGAAUGCACAGAUACCUCACUUCAUGCGAAAUCAAGGUCGGUAUCUGGAGCAAUUGGACAAGAUCAUGGAAGUGAAUGGGUUGACAGACUGCGAACUCCAGGUUUUGGUUUGAAAGGAAUUGUGACCUCUGUAGAUUGCCCAGUUACUGAGAUUUUCCAAGCUAUUGCCACAUCUGUAGAAGUGAAAGUACUAUUAUCAUUCAGAGUUGGAAACAUGUUUAACAGGCAAUUUGUAUUUGGCUAUGUCUAGUGUUUGUAGUUUAUAAAUCACUUAAAGGCAGCAAGUAAUUUCUAAUUUGAGGAUUGAAGUACUAAGUAUAGCAGAUUACGUAAUUAUAUUUUAUGUUUAUGGUAUUGAGAUGAAAACUGAAUAUGUUUUGUUUUAAAAAAAAAACAAAAAAAAACUUGAGAAAAAGAAAUUGCCUGGAAAACAUUUAUUUGUGCAGCUAAGAAUGUAAGGAUAAAGUGCUAUGCAUAAAGGAUUCUAACAGGAGUAACAAACCAAAACAAUAAUCAGAGCUGUGGUCAUCAGCAUGGUAUUGAAUUUGCCUGAAUGUUUAUAGCAUUACUUAACAUAUAUAGCAUUUCAUCUCUGUCUGUGAUAUGAUGGAUGUAUCAACUUACCUCCAUGAGGGGGUUGUGUUCAACUGCCAGAGCGAUAUAUCCAGUGGCCUGCGUUAAUUAUAAACAUCAGCGUUACACAGAAUUUCUGCUAAAGAAAUUAAUGACUAGUAAUGAAGAAAAUCUGCAACAAAAAUUCUACACAUUACAAUUGUCAUGUUAAUAAUCUCUGUAUACUUGUCUCAUUUCACAUUGUUUAGUCAUGUAAAGCUCUGUUAAAAAUGUAAUUGUGUCAAUUUCCUUCUAUUGUUCUUCAAAUUGAUGUCUCUUCUCUGACCCACAGGCAGACUGCUAUCUGGGGCAUUGAGAAAAAGUAUUGCUGAAGUUGCCUCCCACUUAUAGCCAUUACAUAGAAUGUACAGCACAGACACAGGCCAUUUAACCCAACUGAUCCACACCAGUGUUUAUGCUCCACACCCUUCCUCACCUAGCCCUAUCAGCAUACUCUUCUAUCUUUUUCUGUAUGUAUUUAUCUAGCCUGCCCUGAGUGCAUUUAUGCUUUUUAUCUCAAUUACUCAUUGUGGAGAGAGUCCUUCAUUCCAACCACUCUGAGUAAAUAAGUUUCUCUUGAAUUCCAUAUUGGAUUCAUUAGUGACUCUUUUAUUUAUGACCUCUAGAUUUGGCCUUAUCCCACUAGUGGAAACAUUGUCUCUACAUCUAAGGGUUAAUGGGCAGAAAAUUUACCCUUAGAGAAGCUAAAACACACUACAUUGCCAUAUUUCAGAAGCAGCAAUGAUGUGUUUUGGCCCAAUUAGGAACUUCCCAUCUUUUUUGGGAGUUGGGGAGAUGUGGGGAAAGAGGUGUAAUGGAAGAGAGAAUAUUUGACCUUCAGGAGAUUAUAUAAUGUCUGUGGCUGCCAAAAAUUGAUGGCUGAAUUUCAUACUUCGUUCUCAUUAUUUACACCUGAGCAUAAAUAAACAUUCAAUAUGUAAUUAAAUUAUAGUUGCUUUUCUGAACGUGCUGUGCAUUAUUUAAGGAUUAAAUGAGUGCCAGUGCUACAUUGUUGUAAGUGUAGUGUUGUGUAUGCUGUCGAGUUUCUGGCCUCUUUUCCCAGGCCAUCAGAGAAAUAUGACUGUGGAUCCUACCCUUCAUAAAUAAGCCAAACACAACUGGCAUUUCAAUAGUGUAGGUUUUCUCUAUGCUGAAAACCCAGUCCUGCUAUCCUGGAUAAAAAGUAGUUUCAUAUCUCAUCACUGUCCUCACAUUUGACAGGUUGAGACCGGGACUAUGGCAAGGAAAGCUGCCAGUCCCAGGGACGCAAGUUAUUAUUCAUCAACUAAUCAGAGUAGGCCUGGACUCUUGUCUGAUCUUGCUUCUAGAAUGCCACCUGGACCUCUAAACUGAGAGUUCUAAACUGAGCUGUAAGUCAAGCUUUCGGCACUAACGGAACUCCUAAGAUUUAUCCUUCGUACACAGAGGAGAUUUUUUAAAUUUUUUCGUUCAGUUAAACACAGUUGAGGGAAUUAAUGCCUUUUUUGAGAAUUAUUUCCAAAAGACAUCGUCUUCUAUAAUUAAUAUACAUGGGUGAGUCUAAGGCUUGAUUAAAUCAGUCUCAUUUUACUCAAGAUUUGGCAGAAUCAAUGUAUAGGUUUAUCCAUGGUUUCUUUUACAUUCAGAUUUUCCUCAAUGACUUCCAUCUUUGGUAUACUUAUUGCUGUUCCCCCACUCCUACUGAGCUUUCCCCACAUUACUUUGAUUGUGAUUCUUGUGAACCUGGGGAGAAAGAGGGCCAACAUACUUUGUAAGAAUUAUUUUUCGAAGGGCUGUCCUCAGUCCAUUUGAAGUCCUCUGCCACCCAUGCAGCUGUGCCUACUUUAAUGGACAGAUCUAUCAUGAUUCUUGGGAACAUAAGUGUCUCUGCCUCUCUCACUUCCCCUUAGUUCUGUAUACCAUUAUACAUCUUUGGUUUUUUUUUUGGUUUGAUCCACUGAAUGAAAACCUUCUCAACUCAAUUUAACAUUCUGUUGGCUCUGAAUUCCAUGGAUUUCUCAUUUUCUUAAUGUUGAUGGUUUAAGAAUAUUUAAUUUGUUCAUUGUUAAAAGUUUUUUUUCUACUUGGUUCUUUUUGCUGGGAAAUGCUGUAUUGAAUACAGCUGAAAUGCCUUAGCACACUUCUGGAUGUUGAUCUAACUCUGAUAAUUGUCUUUGUGAACUGGAGAAUGGGCAGGACUGGCCUUUUUUAAAAUCAUCCUGAUCUAGAUGAGGUGCUUGAGGCAUUGUUUUUCUGUGUUUAACCAUAUAUGUUGAACACUCCAAAUAAAUGUAUUAUCCUCAAGAUACUGGGCAAACUCUGGGAAUGGACUCAUGAUAUAGUCACAGGAAUUCAUUAGUGAAAAUUUUCAUUCGGAGUGUUUCAGUUUUCAUCCAUACUGCUGCAACAUUAACUGUUCCAAAGCUGUUGAUGUAAGUGUGGACUUGUGUGCUAAAUAAAAUAUUCUGUAACUAACAGAACUAAUGAAUGGGGAAGUGGCGAACUCCUUUGCUGGGUCCAGAUGAUGUCAUCUGCAUUACUGUGGUGGUAGAUUCACAAAAGAUCGUGCAUGUGAUUUGCUUGUUGUUGAUGACUUCUGUCAGCUUUUUCUCUUUAAGAAGCCACCUCUUUGUGCUUGCAGUUUUGUAUUCGUGGAGUCGGAGUAUUUGCAGUCUGUUUGCUCCAUGAAUUCUAAGCACUUUCAGCCACCAUAGUUCAGUCAUCAAUUACAAAGUGUACCAUUGGAAAAAAAAUAAACAAGUAAAUUAUUUAAA